AUGGACUCCUCGCAAGCGCCUACUCAGCUCCGUCCUUCGGAUUCAAAGACCCAACGUACCCCCUUCGCGGACCCGGACAACAACUACACCUAUGACUCGGCCUCCUCGGACUCUACGGUCACUCAACUACAUGCUUCCACUGCUGCCGCCGAUUCGGACCUGGCCCCUCGCUCGACGAUCUCGCAUCGCAUCCCUUUGAUCCUUGCCGUCAGUGGGGUCUUGAUCGUCAUCUUCCUCUUUGGCUUGUGCGUUCUCGCUCAAGUGCUUAGUUGGAGACGUCGUCAUAGCCGUGUGGUUAGAGAUGGAGACUCGAUCACCAAAAGGAGUGAAAAUUCGGCGAGCGAAACAGGUACGGUUGACAAGGGCAAAGUGGCUAUGAAGCAGGCCAAGCACAAGUGGCGUUCGGUUUGGUCAACUCUGUGCGAGUCGGGAGGAUACAAGUUCCCCAUCGGUGAGAGUUAUGCGCUCUUUCGUUGAACCGUUGAACCUCCCACUGACUCCGACCUCCCUAUCGUACAGCAUCCUUCUCCUCUCACACCACCAAACCAACUGCUCCGAGCCGAACCACCGGUUCGGACCCCCUAGCUCCCCCUCUGAGCAAUUACUGCCCCUCCUUCCGCUCCUACACAGCCAGCCCGUCCUACGAACUCGCGACCUUCCCACACAUGAACCCCUACCCGCAAGUCUACUACAACCACCGCCUCUUUGCUCCGAAUCAAGGGCCUCCUCAGGUCCCUGUUCAACUUUUUGAUGAUGCGCCGCUUGAUCCGCCUCACUUCUACCACGGUGGUACUCCGGAACUGCGCCCACCUGUCUACCAACCGAAUCAUCAACACUUCCCACCGGUUCAUGCGAGGUCGGCUCAAGCUCAGCAACAAGAGAUGUGGACGUGGUCAGCAGUGAAUGGGUUUCAGCCUUUCCUAGGAGGAGGAGAUCACCUACACUCGAACGUCAUGCUCAACAGUGGCGGCGCUCAACCACAAAACUUUCUCCAGCAUUCAUAA